AUGGAGCACGCUGCUAUUUUUGCUCAUAACUCAACUUUUAAAGAAAUAGUGAAAGAGUACGCCUUUCCCCCCAGCGUAUACACAGCACUGUCCAUCGUCAUGGCUAUAUUCACAUCCGCAUCGAUCAUUCUUAAUGGGACAGUGAUCAUAGUGACUCUCCGCCACAGGCAGCUGAGACAGCCUCUGAACUACGCCUUGGUGAACCUGGCUGCUGCCGAUUUGGGCUCCACUCUCACAGGAGGAUUACUGUCCGUGGUAACCAACGCCAAGGGGUACUUUUGGUUAGGCAGAAAGGCAUGUGUGUUUGAGGGAUUUUCGGUGGCAUUCUUUGGAAUCGCAGCUCUGUGCACGGUCGCAGUGAUAGCUGUGGAACGCAUGGUCGUGGUCUGCAAGCCGUUAGGCACCGUCAUGUUCCAGACGAAGCACGGUGCCACAGGGCUGGCCAUCGCGUGGGUCUGGUCCCUCGUGUGGAACACGCCGCCUCUGUUCGGUUGGGGGAGCUACCAGCUUGAGGGAGUGGGCACCUCCUGCGCCCCCGACUGGCACAGCAGGGACCCCGCCAACGUCUCCUACAUACUGUGUUACUUCUUCCUGUGCUUUGCUGUGCCAUUCGUCAUUAUAGUGGUUUGCUAUUCCCGUUUGCUGUGGACUCUUAGACAGGUGGCCCGGCUGGGCUUUGUGGAGGGUGGGGCAGCUGCCAAGGCGGAGGCCAGGGUGGGCCGCAUGGUGGUGGUGAUGGUGCUUGCCUUUCUCGUUGGCUGGAUGCCGUACGCUUGCGUCUCUUUGGCAGUGAUCAUCGACCCUGAGUUGCACAUCAACCCCAUCAUCGGCACUGUCCCAGUAUACCUGGCAAAGAGCAGCACAGUGUACAAUCCCCUCAUAUACAUCUACAUGAACAGACAGUUUCAGGGCUACGCUGUGCCAUUCCUGCUGUGUGGGAGGAAUCCGCGGGCAUUGGAGGAGGAGGGUUCAGAAGCCGACACCGUGGUUGCCACAAUGAACGUCAAGAGCAGCGGCAAAGUGUCUCCUAUGUGA